AUGAUAUUAAUUCCAAAUGAUUCUUCUAAUUUUUACGUUAGAGUCGCUUCCUCUUCCCUCUUAGGCUUAUUUCCCUCCCCCCCUGCCCACACAUUUCUUACUCUGUUCUUUCCUUUCCUUAUUCUUUCUGCCUUUCUUUCUUUUAUAUUCUUUCUUUCUUUCUUUCUUUCUUUCAUUUUCUUUCUUUCUUUCUUUCUUUCUUUCUGCAUUGUCUCCUUUUUGUUUCUUCGCUUUCAUCCUCUCUUCCAAUAUCCAUCGCUUUAUUUCUUCCUUCCUUCCUCCCUUCCUCUCUUUCUACCUAUGUAUAUAUCUCUCUCUUUCUCGCUUCCUUUUUUCCUUCUCUCCUCUCUUCCGACUCUGCCUUUCUUUCUUUUGUCUUUUACUUACUUCUUUGUACUUUCUUUCCUUUUUCUUUCUAAUCUCCUGUGGCUUUCUUUCAUAUUCUUUCUUUCUUUCUUUCUCUCUUUCUUCCUUCUUUCUUACUUUCUGCAUUGUCGCCUUAUUGUUUCUUCCCUUUCAUCCUGUCUUCCAAUAUCCAUCGCUUUAUUCCUUUCUUUCUCACUCUCUCUCUCUCUCUCUCUCUCUCUCUUUCUCGCUUCCCUGUUUUCCUCUCUCCUAUUUCCCGCUAGUCCCUUUGUCUAUUUGUCUUCAUUGCCUCUUUUCUUCUUUUCUUUAUCUCUUCUUUGUUUACUUCCUACCUUCCUGCUUUCUUCAGUCUAUUCUUUUCUUCCUUUCUUUCCUUUUUAUUCUCCUCAUUUUCUCCUCUCAUUCCACAUUUUAUUUCUUAACUUAUAUCUUUCCUUCCUUUCUUCUUCAACUGUCUCCCCUGUUUCUGCCUCGUCCUCCAUUUUUUUUUAUCUCUAUUCCUUACCUCAUUUCUUCUUUGUCUAUCACUUCUGUGUUUGCUUCUUCCUGCUUUCUUUUGUGAUUUAUCCUUCCUUCCUUCCUUCCUUCCUUCCUUUGUCUCUUUCUUUCGCCUUCUUCCUACCAUUCUUUUACAAUUUCUUGCUAAUUUAUUCCUUUCUUCAAACAUUUCCUUUGAACUCUCCAUGUUUUAUUCUCAGCUUCCCCUUUCAUUCCACUUUUUUUCUUCUCUUGUCCUUCUCUUCCUUCCAUCAUAUCUUUCUUCCUUCAUUUCUUAUUUACUUCCCGCUUCCUUACACUUUUUCUCUUGCCUUUCUUUUCCAUCUUUCCUUUGACGUUUCUUUCUUUUUUCAUUCUUUUCAUUUUCUAGUCUUCCAUGAUUUCCUUCCUAUCUUACUUGCUUCUUCCCCCCUUAAUCUUUUUUUAUUUUCUUGUCUCUCUCUUCUUCCAUUCCUUCCUUUAUUUCUUUCUUUCAUUUCUUCCAUAGUUUCUUUCCUUACUACUUUCAUUAAAUGUUUUAUUCUCUUUUCUAUCUCUUCUUUUCUUCAUUCAUUCCUUCCUUUGUCUUGUACUCCAUUCUUUCCUUCCUUGCUUCCGCCUUUCCGUAAUGUUUUUUCUUCUCUUGUCUAUAUCUUCAUUUUCCUUCCAUUGUCUAGUUCUCCAUUCUUUCUUUCCUUGCUUCCGAUUUUCCUAAGACAUGUUAUUCUCUUGUCUAUCUCCUUCCUCCUUUCCUUAAACUUUUUUAUUCUCUUGCCUAUCUCUUCAUUUCUUCCUUCCUUCAUGUCUUCCUUCCUUCCUUUAUCAAAUCCUUCACUGUUUACUUAUUUGCUUCCUACUAUUCUUAGUCUUUUUCUUCUUUUGCCUACUUUGCCUAGUCCUCCAUUGCUUUUUUUCUUGCUUACCCCUUUACUUAUUCUUCCUGUCUUGUCUCUCCCCACUCUCUCUCUUUUUUCCUUCACAGCUUCUUCGUUGAUAAUUUCUUCCUUUCUUUGUCGUAUCCUUCAUUGUUUGCUUCCUAGCCUCCUCUUUUCCUUAAUCUUUUUCUUCUCUUAUCUUUUCCUUCCUUCCUUCCUUCCUUCCUUCCUUCCUUCCUUCCUUCCUUCCUUCCUUUUUUCCUACUUUCCUCCAUUCCGUCCUUUGUCUCUUCCUACAUUUCAUUACUUCCCCCCUCUCAUUCAUUUUUCUUUCGUUGCAUCCAUUGUUUCCUUCCUUUCCUUAAUUUUUUCUUCUCUUGUCUAUCUCUUCCUUUCUUUCUUUCUUUCUUCCUUCUAUGACAAUUUUUUCCUUUUCUUUUCUUCUUUUCUUUGUCUUGUCUACAUUUUUCCUUCCUAUCUCCCUCUUUUCCUUAAUCUUUUUUUCUUGUCUAUAUCUUUCUUCGUUUCUUCUGUCCUCCAUUCCGUCUUUUGUCUCUUCCUACAUUUCAUUCCAUCUUUCCACUCUUUCAUUUUUUUCUUUUGUUGUCCAUCUUUAACUUCUUUCCUUCCUUCUCUCUUCAUUUUCUUUUUCCUUCCUUUCUUCUUUCUUUCUUUCUUUUGCCUAGUCAUCCAUUGUUUCUUUCCUAGCUUCCUAAUUCCACCCUUACUUAUUUUUUCUUCUCUUCUCUAUCUCUUCCUUCCUUCCUUCCUUCCUUCCUUCCUUCCUUCCUUCCUUCCUUCCUUCCUUCCAUGA